UUCUCUCUCUCUCUCCUCCCUCUCUUCCUCCUCCUCCUCUCUCUCUCCUUACAGGCCAUGGCUACCAUACCACAACUAAUCCUCGUCUCCCAAAAGGACAACUCUCUUCCUGCAAUGCCAGACAGGGUGUCCUCGAUAACAUUAGAAGCAGAGAAGCUACAAAAAGACCUGGAGAGUCUCAGAAACGAAACCCAGCAGUACCUCGAGGAAAAACACAGGGACAACACCGAGUAUCUGCCCACCAUUCGCAACGCUAUCGCUUUUUUACCGGCUUCGACACGAGUCGAGCAGAUCCCGCUUUUCGGGUGGAAACAACAAAUGGAGAUUUCGUCCGCUCCGUCGUUUUCGAGCGUCUUUUCAAUGUUCAAGCGAAUCUGCGAUUUUCCCGAUUCUUCGCUCCUCGAACAUCUAGUAAGACUCUUUGGAUCUCAACACAUACAGACAAAGCUGGUCGCUUACAUCGAGAAACUGAGAGCGUUUCGGUCGCGGACGAAAGUCAGCGAUUUCACAAAGGCGUGUACGCUCGAUUCGUCCCUUCCGCUCGAGUUUUCAAUCCUCACCAUCAAGCUCGGACGCGAGUGGCACAGAAGUACGUUGGAGGACAUCGAGCAGCUACGCCAGUCGAUGGUGCAAAAGGCGCUGCUCACGAGCUACGGUAUUCGUCUCCUCCAAGUAGAAUGGGAACAGGGUCUUCUCCACUGGUGCGUCCCUUCCAGAGCCCUCCAGUCUCUUGUCGGGUCGCUCGACUCUGAAUUUCUUCAGGAGAAUCACGUCGAGUUGCUGUCGAUCAACGGAACACACUUGCAGUCUGCUGGAGUUUCAAACCUGGCGUCGUUUGGGUCUACGUUGGCAACUUCGGCUGAAAGCUCACCCACUUCUAGUUCGGCCAGCCAGACAAGGAGCGGUACGAUGAGUCUUCUGCCUCCGUCUCCCCCUUCUGCCACGGCGGGACAAACGGGGACUCCCUUGUCGUUACAGGACCAAUUAACGAUGGCCGGUGCUCAGGUGGUGCAGUUCAAACCGGUCCCUGGGGUUGGCACGGAAGCAAAACAGAUGCCGUCGCCAACUCUCUUAUCUCACUCAAACACACACAGUUCUCAGCCAACUGCAGUGCAGAUAAUCCACCCACAGGCUGUCCCAUCCGGAAAUGGGGCGUCCGGUAUCAGCAUGGGACGGUUUGCAGCAGUAUCAGUUGUCCAGCAUCCCGGAAAUCAACAGAUUCAAAUCAUCCACCCACAAGUCAUACAACCAGGCACACUACCGGGUGCAAAACACGUAAUCCAGCAUCCCCAAGUAAUAUUCCAGCAGGGGAAACCAACCGGUGACAUCAAACCUCCUGUUUCCGUGCCAGAGCGCAAACCCUCUCUGACUCAAGAUGGGUACAUGGUAAUGCAGGGAGGACCAAACAACUCCCUCGUUCUCGUUCCCAACUACGUCAUGGUAAACGCGAGUGGCACACGCCACAAACUUGCCUCUCUCUCUUCCCCUCCUUAUUCCUCGUCCAUCCCAGGAUCCUCACCAGCCACCACUAUACUAUCUCCGGCCUCCCUCGACAAAAAACCAGUCGGAAUCACUUCUCAGGGUAUUGCUACGUUACUCCAACCUGGGCAGCCCGCGUCACCUCUGUUCACUGCCACUCAGCGCGGGCUCUCUGCCAUGAAUCCUACACUACCCGUCACCGCUUCGGCAUCGCCUAUCUUUACUCUCGCUCCCGGACACGGAAAGGCAUACGAGAACCCCAUCGUCUCCAUUCCAAACCCGGCCGUCUCGGUUCCAAACCCAGCAGCUACUUCGUCGCCCUCACUUGGAACUGUAUCGGGGAUGGGGAUGGAGGGUUCGAUACUGUUUGACCCCACAACAGGUCGACACACUGCGCAAAUGAAAUCGCUCAAUCACGUCUGUGGUAUCUGUGGCAACGGGUACAUGUGGGCCUCUUCACUCAAACGUCACAUGCACACGCACAUGGGAGAGGGAGUGGAGCAACCGACGGAACUGGCACACCCACCACCAGUAUUACAGGAGCCUCCGGCGAAGAUGUCCAAGCUGAUAGAGUGCCAGAUCUGCAACCAAUCAUUGGAAUCACCCGCAGCCUACACACGCCACUUGCGACUCCAUAUGAAGAUGCACAGGAGGAAAGCCAUCGUGAGAGAAUCUGAAUCAGGCGAAGGGAGAUACAGCGAAGACGGCAAUACUGAGCCUCAGGAACCGCGGGAAAAUGGCGGGCACGGGCAGAGAGAAGAGGAAAAGACCGAGGAGGGGGAGGGGGAGGGGAGAGAGGGGGAGAUGGACAGCGAAGGAACAGGUAGAGCACCAAAACGCAAGGGAGAAGAUGGCUGCAGUUCUUCGUCAGCCGGCUCCGAGCAUUCCAGCGACUCGACGAGCGAAACUGAAGAAGGCAUCGACACAGCCGAACCACCACAGGGAUCGUCUCCCAGCAACCUACCCGUAAAAACCGAGGGUUCUUUACAGGAGCCGUCCAUGGGAACGAGCCAAGACUCGGCGAGUCUCCCAAACGCCAUGGCGAUAUCAAGCAGCGGGAUCCCCUUCAACCAACUGCUGCAGUAUGUCGGGAACAAGGAAAGUGGGGAGGGUGUGUCCGAGACCGGUACCGGAAUGGACCCCGAUUCCUCUCAGAGUGUCGGACGACGGUUCCGCUGCGACGAAUGCGGGCGCUAUCUCUCCUCCCAGGCCGCUCUGAGCGGUCACCAGCAAUGCAUGCACAACAAGCAGAAGCCGCACGUCUGCCACAUCUGCAACAAGGGCUUCUUCCAGUCGCACAGUCUCACCGUCCAUCUUCGUUCGCACAGCGGCGAGAAGCCCUAUAGUUGCAUCGUCUGCAACAAGAGCUUUUCGCAGCGUAGCUCCCUCAACAUUCACAUCCGCACGCACUCUGGCGAGCGUCCUUAUCAGUGUCCCUACUGCUCGAGAGGUUUUAGUGACAGCUCGACGCUCGCGAAACACCGGAGGACACACACGGGCGAACGGCCAUAUCAAUGUCGAGAGUGCGGGGCUUCUUUUUCUCAAUCCGGUAACUUGUGGAGACACAUGAAACAAGUCCAUCCAGGCGCGGCCGUUACCACUUAAUGCAUCAGUUUUUUUGAUUCUUCUUAUCCUCUCACUGUCAUAUUAUUAGCAUAUUAUAAACAACAACAACAACAACACCCAUUUUAAUACCCAAUGCUUUUAUCCUAGCUAUAAAAUAACAUAUUGUUUAUAAACAUAGCAUUUGAUGUUCUCUUAUCUCCUCCAAGUCAAUCAAAUUCUGCGCUCAGAAGUGCAAAAAUUAACACUUAACACGCUUCAAGGGGUUCCAAUGUGUAAAGGUUUAAAAUUCUGAGACGCAUAUUUUUACAACAGAGAGAGACAGCCGAAUGUCAACAAAAAAAUCAGAGCACUAUAUAAAAUGUUGUGUUGCAUGGCCCUAAAUGGGGACAUUGAUGGGUUUUGGUUAAGUGUCGUGGACGUGGACUUCAAUUACACACCACAGAAAGAGACGUAUGUCGAACACAAAAACGAUACAGUUAUCGUGUCCCGCAUCAAAUUGUGCACAGUGGUACAUGAUCAGUGGUCGUUGCCGAGGUAUUUAUAGGCCAUAG